AUGAGCUCAAUUGUUAGCAACAGUUCGAGCAAUGCGUGGCUAGCGGAGGCCCAGAGCAAUGCUGUGGGGUCCAGUGCCGGUCUGCAAAAAAUUUUGGUUGCAGUGCAACAGUUAUCGUACUGGAAACUGUUUUUGAGCUUGGUUUUUGUGGGUCUGGCAUGGGACCAGAUUUCUUACCAGAUAAAAAAGGGCAGCAUUGAAGGACCGCAAUUCAAAAUGUGGCCUAUUAUCGGCCCAUUUUUGGAGUCUUUGGACCCAAAAUUCGAAGAAUACAAGGCUAAAUGGGACUCUGGUCCUCUUUCGUGCGUUUCCAUUUUCCACAAAUUCGUUGUCAUCGCUUCUACCAGAGACUUGGCCCGCAAAAUCCUGCAAAGCUCCAAAUACGUCAAACCCUGUGUUGUAGACGUUGCGGUCAAAAUCUUGAGACCUUCCAACUGGGUGUUUUUGGACGGCAAGGCCCACGUAGACUACCGCAAAUCGCUAAACGGUCUCUUUACGAAAUCCGCGCUAGCACAGUAUCUGGGGACCCAGGAAUUGGUCAUGAACAAGUACAUGGAGAAGUUUGUCGAGUUUUCCAAAGAAAACGACUACAAGCCAAGAGUUUUCUUCCAUGAAAUGCGGGAAAUCAUGUGUGCCCUGUCUUUGAAAGCCUUCUGUGGCGAUUACAUCACGGAGGAUCAAAUCAGAAAAGUCGCCGACGACUACUACUUGGUCACCGCUGCUCUAGAACUCGUUAACUUCCCCAUCAUCUUGCCUUACACCAAGACUUGGUACGGCCGCAGAACCGCUGAUAUGACCAUGAAGAUUUUCGAAAAAUGCGCUCAAAUGGCCAAGGAUCACAUCGCUCAAGGUGGUGAAUCCAACUGUGUCAUGGAUGCCUGGUGCAAAUUGAUGCAUGAUGCUAAGACUAAGGACGACGAAAACUCUAGACUUCUUCACAGAGACUUUUCUAACAGAGAAAUCUCUGAAGCCGUGUUCACCUUCUUGUUCGCUUCUCAAGAUGCGUCAUCGGCUCUAGCAUGCUGGCUAUUCCAAAUUGUAGCUGACAGACCCGAUGUGAUGCAGAAGAUCAGAGAAGAACAACUGCAGGUCCGUGACAACGACCCUUCAAAGCCACUUUCUUUGCCUUUGAUUGACGAAAUGAAAUAUACUUAUAUGGUUGUCAAGGAAGCUCUACGUUACAGACCUCCUGUUAUCAUGGUUCCUUACCUAGUCAAGGAAAAGUUCCCUGUCGCGCCCAACUACACAGCCCCUAAGGGAGCAAUGCUCAUUCCAACUUUGUACCCAGCUUUGCAUGACCCUGAAGUUUACGAAAACCCAGAAGAGUUCAUCCCAGAAAGAUGGGUGGAAGGUUCCCCAGCCAACGAGGCCAAAAAGAAUUGGCUGGCUUUUGGUUCCGGUCCACAUGUGUGCUUGGGACAAACUUACGUUAUGAUGACUUUCACGGCUCUCAUUGGUAAAUUUGCCAUGUACACCAACUGGGAACAUGAGGUAACUCCAUUGAGUGAAAAGAUCAAAGUGUUUGCCACUAUUUUCCCUAAGGACGAUCUACUUUUGUCAUUUAAGAAGAGAGAUCCCCUCACUGGAGAAAUUGAAGCUUAG